UGUGUCAUAGUCUGGACUGGUUUGCUCGUAGUCGUAGACUUCGUGGACUCUGUUGAUCGAUGUGGUGACUCAAACAUCGACCGAUAGUCAUUUUCCCAUGUCGAUCGAUGACUAUCGUCUGGCGUCGGUUAACACCAGUGAGAACUACUGAUUUAUAUGGAGCUCUCUACUUCAAAGUCUCCCUCUUGAAGUUUCUCAUGUUCAUGCACUUGCCAGAAAUCAUCCACUGUGAUGGCAUUGAUGUGGUGUCUGAUGAGAUCUUCCUCUCUCCCUUUGAUCAAGGCUUCUUGCCUCCUAAUAGCUUCUGCUGUCUGAAUCACUUGUGUCUCCAACUUCUUCAUGAGUGGUCAAGGUGUCAAACUUUGCAUUCAGGCUAUUGUAUUCAGCAUCUAUCUUUCCAUUGAAAUCCACAGUAAACUUCUGCUGACCCUCUAGAACUAAAUCAAGCAUGGCUUCAAUUUUUCUCUCUUGAGUAGAUGGUAGUAGAUUUUGGUAGAAAGAAUUGUUGAGAUUCUUAUUGUUGUUGUAGUUGCUGUUGCUGAAUGGCUUCUGAUAUUGUGAAUUCUGGUUGUAGUUGCUCUUCUGACUGUUGCCAUAGAAGUUUCUGUUUCCACUCUGAUUUCCAAAUCUCUGGAAUCCUCCUCUGUAAUUCACUUCUUCCUCUUCAUAUCUCUCCUCAUCAGUCUCUAUAGAUUCUACUUCUUCAGCAAAGCUAACAUGCUUUCUUAGAAGCUUUAUUAACAUUAUCUAAUUUGGCUCUCAUAUCGUCCAACUGCUCUUUUCCAAUGGCAUUGGCCGAUUUUCUCCUCUCAUAAUCAGUGUUCUUGGUGUUUUUGCUAGUUGCCAAGUUCUCAAUAAGUCUCACAGCCUCUUCUGGAUUUCUGGUGUUGAAGUUUUCUUCACUAGCUGUUUCUAGUGCUGUCUGAUAGGUCAGAUCUAAACCUCUAAAGAAAAUGAUGACGAGUUGCACUUCAUUGAACCCGUGGUGUGGACAAUCUCUCUGAUAGGACUUGAAACGAACCCAACAAUGUCUGAAAGGCUAUGUAAGCUUCUGCAUGAAUGUAGCAAUCUUGCUCUUUAGAUCUUUUGCGCAUGUUUCAUCAAAGAAAUUAAUCAAGAAGGAAUUCUUGAUAUCAUCCGAGGACGUAAUAGAUCCUGGUUGUGGGAACCGAAAUUCGCACUGUCGAUUUUAGUCAAGUUUAAACGUAGGAAAACUAAGUUGACCUAGGUUUUUCCGAGGAUCCCGGCUAUCUGCUGGGCCACGCACGACGAAGUUAAUACGAGUUUAGUUUGGGAAUAAAUGCGUAAAAUAAAGAGAGCAAAAGAAAGAAUCUUAUUUCCGAAUUUGCGGAGAGCGUUUGAACAAGAGGUCGAGAUCUCGGCCGCAAGAGCUGUCGAUCGUCACUAGUCUCAAAACCUAGAUCUAACCUAGUUGAGUCGCAGCUCGCUAAAAAGGAAAUAAAAGCCUAAGUUCUAAGUUGCUCUAGAUUGGUUUCUUUCUUCUGAUUUCGGAUCCCCUUCCUCUGCUCCUAGCCUUGCUUAUAUACUCCCAUAUGACGGUCUAUUCUUGAUGGGCUGAGUCUGCCGCGAGCUGGGCUUUUUCCAUUUUCGUCGGCCUUCGUGUUUAUCGGGAAAGUUGACAUUUAUCCUUUCGGAAAUUUGACAUUUAUCAUUUCGGAAGUUUAACAUUUAUCUUGUUAUGUGAAGAUAAUUGUAAACCGUCGUAUCUAUCUUUUAGAAAAUCGUAAAUGGGCCGUCCGAUCGGGUUUGGUCCCUUUCGGGCCGUCUUCCGGACUUCCGUUGUUUUCUAUGAUUUCUUUGAAAGAAUGCUCCUACUUGGAUGUCGAGUCUUUCGGAAGAUCUUCGAUCCAUUGCUGAGGCGAAUGGUGUUUUAAGAUAACCAUCACCAUUUUAUACGAAGUCUUUCUGUCCGUUGACGUCUUACGGGUUCUCCGAAAUCUUGGAGCAGGAAAAGGAGUUUUGUUUGCGGGAUCUCGGAAAGUCGCAAAACACGGAUUUCUGGCCACCCGGGGGCCUAGAACUUACGCACGAAGACUAGCCGUCCGACGACCCGAGCCAGCACGGGGCUAGCCGCCCUGCGACCACGGCCCGCACAGGCGCUAGCCACCGGCGGCUAUGGCCAGCACGGGGACUAGCCGCCCAGCGGCCACGGCCAGCACGGAAGCUAGCCGCCCGGCGACCACGGCCAGCACGGGGGCUAGCCGCCCGGCGGCCACGGCCGCGACGGAGUCGGCUGCUCGGUUCCUUCGGCUUGUGCGUGUUUUUACGUUCUUUUUAGUUUUCCGUAGGUUUUUCCUCGGCUAGAAAACGUUUCUAGCUGUUGAUUUCGAGAUGAUUAAUCUCGAACUUAAUAUUUUUCCAAGGUUUCCCGAUUAACAGUUAGUCUCUCGAGGUUGCUCUAACAUUUCAUGUUUUUCCGAGACUUUCGGACAUCGAUUUCGUCUUGACCGAUUUUGACCCCAACAGUUAGCCCCCCAGCUAGCUAGUAGCCGUAGGGUUUGUAGGUCCUAGCUUGCGGUAUGGUUCGUGAGGAAAGUAUGGAGACGAAAUCGUGUCGAAGGUCGGGGUGAAUAGUCAAAUCCUUGCAUAUAAAGACUUGUGAAUUCUUUACCAUUCUUAUUUCACCCAAGAAUCUUAAGUUAAUCUCUCUCUUGCAAAUUCUCUCUCUACCUUUAAGAAAAGAAUGACUUCAAGAUCAAAAUCCUCGAGGAGGCAGUCUCACUCGUCUUCGGAUAGUUUCCAUGCCGAGGAGAAAGUUCCGAAACCCGAGGUUCCAAAGAUUGACAGGAGCGCGUAUUGCGACGCCGUCUUCGGUUCUGAUGCUCCCCUUCCCGUGAUCCCGAUUCCCCGGCGACCUCUGAGGGCGCGUAAGGAAACUGACUCGCCGAGCGAAGUAUCCCCUGAAUAUCUCGGAACUCUUCGAGAGUUUUAUGAGGUUCCGAAGGGAGUCAUGUUUCGCAUUCCUCGUGGGAAUGAGAGUUCGGAGCAUCCUCCGAAGGGUUACUUUACUUGCUACGAGGCGUUCCUGACGCAAUGCCGACUGUGGUUCCCAAUCUUUGGGGUCAUUGUUCAGGCUCUCGAUCGUUUCGGAAUCGUAAUCAGCCAGCUGAACGUGCCGGCUUUGGAAAGCUGGCUUGGCGUUGUGAUUUUGAGUUACGAGUUAGGGAUGGACCUUAGCCCUGCUGACUUCGAAGGGUUGUGGAACUCCAAGACGACGAGCAUCAAUGGAGUAUACUCCAUGAAGGCGAGGACUGAUUUUUCGGUAAUCCAUGGAGUCACCUCGCACGCCAAGGAUUACGUUGACCGUUUCUUUUUCGUGAGGAUAGAUGGAAAGUAUGUCAAGGAAGGCUUUCUCCACCUAUUCCUGACGGACUGGUUGUACCAACGAGAGAACAGGUGUCUCGCGCAUGUUCCUUCCGAUUUUUCGACCAAGAGAGACAUUUUUAGGACAAUGCCUUGUUCCUGGAACUCCUUUACUCUUGACCGGAUUCGAGGGGCGGUCACGCUUCACCGAUCGCAAGGCGGUACGCGGCCCUGUGUCAAUGAUGGAUCCUACGUUUUUGCCCCUUCAAGGCGGAGGCGGAGAUCUCGGAAGGAUAAAAGGAUUGCUUUCGAGGCCUCGUCGGGAAAUGGUGAGCUGCCGAGAUACGAUCCUGACUCCACUACAGAGAAUCAUGUUGUUCCUCCCCCGGGUGACUUCUUUGAUGAACUCCCUCCGGCGUUUUCCCGCGACGAGUCUUUGGACAACGAGGAGAGGGACAAGGUGACUGCGGAGGGUGCUCGCUUGGUCAACGAGGCCGUGAGAGUGUGGAACGCAUCGAUCGAUGGAAGUUUCCGUACUGCCCGGCUGGCCUGUUUCAAAGCGGAGGAAACGGAAAGGGAAUUCGCCAAGUAUCGGUUGGCGGUGGAGGAGCAAAAACGCCGGCAAGCCGAGGUCCAGGCUCGAGCCCUCGUUCGUGCGGAAAGGAGCGGGCGGAGAAGAGCUGCCGCCGAGCUGAAUCGAAGGACCGAAAUUUUCUCUACCGAAUUCGAAGCGUACAAAGAGGCUCAGGACUUUGUAGGCGAUUUUCGAGAGUGUCGUGGUUCGGUUGGUACUCUACACAAGAUGCAGCGUGAGGGUUUCUCUCUUUCCGGCGAACUUGCUGCGAUGGAUGGCUCGAUGAGAAUAUGCGCUAACGCUGAAUCCUUUGUUCCUCCGAUCGAAGGGAGAAUUCGAGAGUUGUGGAAUCCUAUCCAAGUCUCGGAAGAUACGGCGGAUGUAGGCGUGGGUUUGAAUGCAGGCGACAGGGGUGAAGAGGUCGACCAGCCCGACUCCUCGUUUGGAAUAUCUCUAACCGAUUGUUAUGCAUUCGAUUAUAAUUUGUGAUAGGCCAAGUGUGGCUGUUUGUAUGUAUGUGUUGUGACCCUUAGGAGGUCGCGUGACUUUGUGUUUCUCGGGAUUGGUCGUUGGUGGCUUUUGAAUCCCUGCUAUGAAUGCUUUUAUGAAUUCUGCGUUUUGAUUUAUACU